CCUGUCCCGCCGCCCGGAUCCUGGACGCGUCUUUCUCUUUGUCUUCGGUGGGGAGAGGGACACAGAGGCAGAAGAGAGAGAGAGUAAGAAACGGGGGCAGCAGGUCCCACAGCAAGGCCAGAGACACGGUCAAAAAACGAGGCAGGACAGCAACGCCUGAUCGAGACAACAGCUUCUCUUAGCGCACCGCGGAUCAGCCUUAUCUUAGACUGGACUUUUCGAUCUACUGAGGAAGAGAGAAUCUGUGUUGGGUCUUCAGACACGCUCUGAAGCGUGUGCGUGCUUGGUGUCCCUAGUAGGCUAAGGUAUAAGGUGUCUGCACCUUUCUGCUUCGCUUAUUUCUUUAAUUUGGCGAGCCAGCCGGUGAGCUGAAGCGGAAGCCCUAGAAGAUGAGGACCCACUGGCUGCUCCUCGUUUCCUGCCUGUGUCUGGCGCCUCUCCUCUCCCUGGCCGAGGAAGGCCUCGAGUUCCCGAGCUACGAUGGCAAGGACCGCGUCCUGGAUAUCGACGACAAGAACUUCAAGAAGGCCCUGAAGAAGUACGAUAUGCUAUGCCUGCUCUACCACGCUCCAGCACCCACCGCCAAGGAUCAGCAGAAACAGUUCCAGAUGACCGAGCUCGUCCUGGAGCUGUCAGCCCAGGUCCUCGAGGUGAAGAACAUCGGCUUUGGCAUGGUCGACUCCCACAAAGACGCCAAGGUUGCUAAGAAACUCGGCCUGGAUGAAGAGGGCAGUGUUUACGUCUUCAAAGACGACCGUAUGAUCGAGUUUGAUGGGAUGCUCUCUGCAAAUGUCCUUGUGGAAUUCCUUUUAGACUUAAUGGAGGAUCCAGUGGAAGUACUUGAUAAUGCGCUUGAAUUAAGAGCUUUUGAUCGCAUGGAUGAGGAAAUCCGUGUUGUUGGUUACUUCAAAAAUCAGGACUCUGAACAUUUCCUUGCUUUCAAAGAGGCAGCAGAGCAAUUCCAACCUUACAUCAGAUUUUUUGCCACCUUUGAAAAAUCAGUGGCCAAAGCUCUGACUCUGAAGAUGAACGAGGUAGACUUCUACGAGCCCUUCAUGGAUGAGCCCGUGACCAUUCCCGACAAGCCCAACUCCGAGGAGGAGAUCGUGGCUUUCAUCACUGAACACAGACGGGCUACACUGAGGAAACUGCGGGCUGAGGACAUGUUUGAGACCUGGGAAGAUGACAUGGAUGGCAUUCAUAUUGUGGCCUUUGCAGAGGAAGAAGACCCUGACGGUUUUGAGUUCCUUGAGAUCCUGAAAGAAGUAGCCAGAGACAACACUCACAACAAAGACCUCAGCAUCGUAUGGAUCGACCCCGAUGACUUCCCACUGCUGAUCCCAUACUGGGAGGACACCUUUAAAGUCGACCUCUUCAGGCCUCAGAUUGGAGUCGUCAACGUUACUGAUGCGGACAGCAUUUGGAUGGAGAUGGACGACGAUGAUGAUCUGCCCACCGCUGAAGAGCUGGAGGACUGGAUCGAAGACGUGCUCUCAGGCAAAGUCAACACAGAGGAUGAUGAUGAUGACGAUGAUGAUGAUGACGACGACGACGAUGAUGAUGAUGACGAUGAUGAUGACGACGACGAUGAUGAUAGCGAUAGCGAUAGCGAUAGCGAUGACGAUGAUGAUGACGACGAUGAUGAUGAUGACGAUGACGACGAUGACGAUAAUGAUGACGAUGAUGAUGAUGAUGACGACGAUGAUGAUGAUGACGAUGAUGAUGAAUAAUUCAUCCACUACAAAUUGUAACAUAUCAGGAGAAGCCAGUUCAGCGAAGACAGAAGAGCAGUCAAUCUGAACUUUUAGUCAAAAGUUUUUGUACAUUUUGUACAUUGCUUAACCUCGCAAAUAAUUCAAUCAGACACGUUUCAAUCUAAAUAUGUUUGACUGAAUUGAAUGUCUAGAUAUAAUGGUAAUAAAAAUGUGCUACAAGUCAGUUGCAGCACCGCAUCAGUGUCUGGAGAACUCUACACCACCCACAGAUAUCUGAAACGGCCUUUCAUCAGGCAAAUUACACAGUAUUUACCCACUGUGAGAUUUAACAGGUAAUGCCUCACACUCUCAGUCACUCCCUCCCCUUCUCUGUGUGUGAUUGCAUGUGUGUGUGUGUGUGUGUGUGUGUGUGUGUGUGUCUAUGACUGUGUGUAUGUGUGUGUGUGUGUGUGUGUGUGUGUGUGUGUGUGUGUGAGAGAGAGAGAGAGAGACUGGAGAGUGGAUGUGUGUGUGUGUGUGUGUGUGUGUGCCAGUGUGUGUACAUAUCUAUUGGUAUCUGUUGGUGUUGGUGUGUGUGUGUGUGUACUGUAUAUUCCCCUUUUUCUGAACAGUAUGGGAUUUAAAACAAACAAACAAACACAUUAAAAGGUGUGAAAUUGAGUAAGAUAUUGCAUUUCAAUUUCACCUUUGCAGGCCCUAUAUUUAUGAUAACAAAUAAACCACUUUUUGAAUUCAA